AUGGGCUCCAGACUCCCCACCGGGCCCUCCACUGAAGCCACAAUAGGGGGAGAGGAGAGGAGCCUCCUUCAGGCACUAAUAGUAGUGACUGCAAAGCACCAGCCAGGAGCAGUGGACAACAGUCCGGCCGAAUCACUAGUGAAGGGAGCACCUACCACAUUCCCUUCUCACGCCUGCGCUAGGCGAGUCCCGCUCCUCUCGCGGGGACAGGAGAGGCCUGACAGCUGGACCGAGCCUGGAGCAGCCAAGGUCCACGCGGCCCAGGAGGCCCACUGCGUGGGGAGCCGCAGGGCCUGGAGUCUUCGGAGCGGUCCCUGUGCCGUCCCACCAGCCCUACGGGAGCAAAAAUCCCCGGGGCUCGGAGGAAGGGGAAGUGAGCACCCUUACCCCCGUCACCGGGGAAUGGGCCUUGGCUCACAGCCCCGCCCCGCUCUGCCCAGCUGGCCUCGGUUCUUCCGGCCCCUGCUCUGCGCCCAGCGCCCAGUUCUUUCCCUACUUCUCCCUCACCCUCUUCCAGCGGGGAUUUCCUCUGGGUCUUCAGCUAGAGAGGGACGGACAGCGUCCACUCGCUGGACGGACAGCGCACGCACCGCGCAGUGUCUUGGCCCGCGACCCUGGGCCCCCUCGGGUCUGCGGCGAGACUUGAGGCUCGGCGUUGGAGAGUCACGCUGCAGGCCCCGCGGGGCGCCGGCCCCUCUGACGCGCCUUCCCCAACCUUCCUCCCCCACAGCUGCCCUCCCUUUGGCCUCCGGCCUUUCCGCCCCGGUCCAGCCCACGCGAGCCUCUGUGAGAAGCACCACGCCCGCGAGCGCGGUCGGCCGGCUCCGGAGCGCGCUCCUGCGCCCGCAGUGGCGGCUCUGCAAGGGGUGGCGGUGCCCGGGGUCCUUCCCCGGUCUCGGUGAGAGGCUCGGCGGAGGCGCAGCCCGCAGCAGGCACCGUUCUGGGCGCAGACCUGAGGAAGUUACGCUUUGCUGUGGAGUCUCCCCGGGAAUCACGAGCGUCGUCGGGACCUGCCUGGAGGGCCUAUUGGGGUGCAUAUCAUGGGAGGGGGACACCUUGUGGGGAACGCUGAAGGAAGGCGCCCCACCGGCCCAGCAGGCCGCCUCGCCACCAGUGCCGUCUUCCUGGGGCUGCCAUCUGCGCUCCCCCCACGUGCUCCGGUGCUGGGUCUUCCCAGCACAACGGUUGUACUGGUUGCCCUCUCUGCAGCCUGUCCCCGCUUUAGUCGCUCCAUGAGGUUCCUCUGCUUGCUAUGACUAGUAUCCGAGGCCCUCCACCAGAGUGCCAGUUGUCCAUGGCCAGGACUUGGUCUCUGGUCAGUCCUAUGUCCCAAGCAUCUUCCAGAGUGCCAGAUGUAGAGCUGGCGUUUGGACGGCGUUUGAAUGAAUGAAUGAAUGAAUGAAUGAACGAACUAUCCCAAUGUAAAGGAUAUAAAGCAAUCUCUGAGACAUUAAAUGGGAAA